UUCAUCAAUCUUCCUUCUCGUAGAUGUUUCCUGAUUCAGACAGUUUCCGCCGUCCGCUCUCUCCCCGACACCAAAACGGCAAAGCCCUUUCGUUUCCGUAAUUCGUGCGCGGCCAGUAGAUGAGCUUCACUUUGCCUAACGCUCAACUGGCGUCAACGCCUUCCCGGAACCUCUCACCGUCAAUUCCAUUCCGGCAAUGCAGAAACCGGACGCUAGGAGACCGCCGUGGACGGAAGCGCCCAGGAGUCACCGUCCGAUGCAACAUAUUUCAUUCACCUUCACCCUUCCGCUCUCUGUUCGACAAUUUAAUCGUUCAAUUUCCUUUCGUGAAUUCGCUCGAUGUCAUCGCUCCUGCCCUUGGUCUCGCUUCCGGAGCCGCUCUCUACCUCGCGCGUUUCCGCGGAGAUUCAAAUGUUCGUAGAGUUCCGCAGGAAGGCUCAGUUUCAGAAAUUGGCGAGUGGGUACUGAUGACCAGUCCCACGCCGUUUAAUCGGUUUGUCAUGCUGCGGUGUCCUUCUGUUUCGUUCAUGGGGGGAGAAUUGCUGGAGAAUUUAAAUGAGAGUCUGAUGAGAGAACAAAGCCAUUUCGUGAGACUUUUUAGUGGUAGAAUUCAGGUUGGGAUGGGCGAGGAGAAAUUUGAUGAGAAGUUGGUCUACCAGAGGCUGUGUAUAAACAUGGAGGAUGGAGGUGUGGUGUCAUUGGACUGGCCAGCAAAUUUGGACUUGGAGGAGUGUGGAUUGGACACCACCUUAGUGAUAGUUCCCGGAACAGCUGAGGGAAGCAUGGACGAGGAUAUUAGGGCAUUUGUAUGCCAAUGUUUGAGGAGAGGGUGUUUCCCAGUUGUCAUGAAUCCCAGGGGUUGUGCUGGUUCUCCAUUGACUACAGCAAGGUUAUUUACAGCUGCUGACAGCGAUGAUAUCUCCACAACCAUUGAGUUUAUCAAGAAGAGAAGGCCAUGGUCAACAUUAAUGGGCAUUGGCUGGGGUUAUGGCGCAAACAUGCUGACAAAGUACCUGGCUGAAGCUGAAGGAGAAACACCACUCAUGGCUGCUACUUGUGUUGACAACCCUUUUGACCUAGAAGAGGCUACAAGAGCAUCUUCUCACUUAAACCAGAAGCUAACUCCUGGAUUGGUCAAUAUUCUGCAAUCUAACAUGGAACUAUUCCAAGGACGCAAAAAAGGUUUUAAUGUUGAAAAGGCUCUUCUAUCAACAUGUAUUCGUGAUUUUGAGAAAGAAAUAUCUACUGUAUCACAUGGGUAUAAUUCCAUAGAGGAUUUUUAUGCAAAAUCUAGUACAAGAGAUCUGAUUGGAAGAGUUAAGAUUCCUCUUCUAUUUAUUCAGAACAAUGACAGGUCUGUUCCAUUGUUCUCUGUUCCACAAAGUUCAAUAGCUCAAAACCCAUUCACAAGCCAGCUUCUGUGCAACCACUUCCUGUUUACCGAAUCCAUUCGAGAUAGAUCAACUAUAUCUUGGUGUCAGAAUCUUGCCAUGGAGUGGAUGGCUGCUGUGGAGCUUGGUCUUUUAAAAGGUCACCACCCUCUUUUACAAGAUCUUGAUGUUACCAUUAAUCCUUCAAGUGUCCCAGCCAUGUUGAUGAGAUCACCUGAUGCAAGUGCUAGAGUAAAAAAGAAUUUAACUCUUCAAAGUUUAGACUCUUCAGAUGGGCACAUCCUAGAGCCUUUCGAAAAGACAUUUGUUGAAAGAAACACUGCAGCAAGCCAAAAUACAGGCUUGUUAUUGCAUGAGGAUAAUGACAAAUUAGUAUCUGGUCGUAGCGUUGCAGACUCUGGGGAAGAGGAAGCAAUGGGUCAUGAUGAUGAUGAUAGAGUCCGAAUGAUACAAGCUGCACAGGUGGUUAUGAACAUGCUUGAUGUGACUAUGUCUGAUGCAUUUACAGAAGAACAAAAGAAGAAGGUUCUGACUGCUGUUGAUCAAGGGGAAACAUUGAUGAAUGCUCUGCAAGGUGCUGUACCUGAAGAUGUUCGUGGAAAACUUACAAACACGGUUUCUGAUUUUGUUAAUAAUCAAGGCUCUGACUUGAAAUUGGAUCGUCUCCUGGCUCUCAAACCCAUUCCUUAUGUAACCUCCAGGUCAAAUUCAACUAUCCAGGAAAACAUUAAAGGAGAUUCAAGUCUAGAAGCAGAAAAUGAAUCGUCUUAUACUUCGGAUGAGGUGAAGGCGGGAGAUUUCCCUAAUGGCUCAAACAAGCAUGCAUAUAGUGCAGACAAUCACUCUGGGAUACAUGAAGCAGAAUGGCGGACUUCAGAAGAUUGGAAAAGAUCGGACAAUACCUGUCAGUCUCCAUCAAAUAACUUUUCUGAUAUGGAAACAAAGGAAAUGAGUGAUUUACUACAUAAAGAUGAUGAUGCUAAUAUUCCUGAUAAAACUGGUUUGGAUUUUAGUAACAGGGAAAAUGAAUCAAAAACAGGAGAAAAAACGAAGAGUUCAAGUGUGUCUGAAAGGGAGUCUGCGAAUGAAAAUAUGGACUCAGAGAAAUACAAAAUGCAAGAUGGUGCAAAAAUUGAGAUGGACUUUAAUGGAGAGAGUUCUAGUCAAACAAAGGAAGAAAAUGUUGGUCAAUCUUCUAGUUAUCAGAACAGUACUAAGCCAAAGAUAGUGGAAAAAGAAAUAUCUCCUGCUACUCCCUCAGAGACCCAAGUGAUGGAAAAAAUGGACGGGGAUUACAUGAAGAGAGAAGAAAAAGGGAUGCAAACACAUUCAAACCAAAGUUUACCCAAUUCACCAGUCUUUAGUGCUUCUCAAGCAUUAGAUGCCUUGACAGGAAUAGAUGACUCGACUCAGGUGGCAGUUAAUAGUGUGUUUCAUGUGCUGGAGGAUAUGAUUACCCGCCUAGAGGAUGGGAAAAAUGCUGACAAUAAAACGGGUAAUAGAGACAAUAAUGGUUUGGACGAAAUUGAGGGAAAAAAUAAGUAUGCUGGCACACCACCUUCCGAUGCUAUUCCUUCAAAUAACCAAUCACGCUCUAAAAAGAAAAUGAAAGAGAAGCAUAUGAUUCUUGGUGAAAGUGUAUCAGAUAUGAAGCACUCUGCAGAAAAAAAUGAGGGAAAGAGGCAAGAGGUUUUCAAUGCAAAACUGUCUGUAGAGGAUUCCGCUAAGUACUUAAAUACUGUUUCUCAAAAUGUUCCAUUUUAUACUAUAAAAGGUUGUCUAGGAAGCUCUGUUUACAAAGAAAAAGAAGCAAUAUCUAAGUCACUACAUACCACAAAAGUUUUGUAUACAGAAAAUGAUGCUAAUUCUGACAAUAAUGUUGCAUCUCAUGAAGGUUGGUAUUUACGACCAAGAUCCAAGGAUAUAAACAAUGAACUAUCUUAUGCAGUUUUAGAUUCUGAGAAGUGGCAUGAAACAAUUGAAAAAUCUAAUGGAUAUAUUAAAGUUGGUGAUGAAAAAUUAGAAAAGCCUUCUGACAGUAUCAGAAGUAUUAUUAUGGACACUUUAAAGGUUGAAGUAGGCCGAAGGCUAAGUUCUGCUGACAUGGAGAGAAUGGAAACUGAACUUUCUAGAGAUCUGGAACACAUAGCAAAUGUUGUUUCUCAAGGAAUAGGAUUUGAUGGCACACUUGCAUUAAAUACAAAACUCAAGGACUGUGAUUCAGAGAAAGUUGGUACCCUUCAUGCAGAACAUGUAGUAAAGGUCAUAUCCUCUGCUGUUCAGAAUACCAGCUAUUUGCAAAGAGUAUUGCCUGUUGGGGUUAUUGUUGGCUCACUCCUGGCUGCACUAGGAAAAUCCUCUACAGUUCAGAAUUAUGGCAAAGGCAAUGACAUGAUCAUUGAUCAAAUAAAUAAAAACCCAAAAGAUGAAAAGGGGUCUGAUAUUGCUCCUAAUUUGAAUACUAAUCAGAAAAAUGAGUUGGAGAGUCCUGGUCUCAUGAUUGGUAGAAGAGUUGAUUCUGAAAAUAUGACCAAGGUCACCAAGCCCGGAAUAGCAAGUAGAGAAGAUUCAGGGGAUUCAAGCAAAUCUAUUAUGGUUGGAGCUGUUACUGCAGCUUUAGGAGCAUCUGCACUGCUCACCCAUCAUCAGGAUGAAGAGACUGAAAUUUCUUCCAAUCACAGUGGAAAAGAUGUAAACAAAAAUACUAUUACACUUGAGGAUGUGGAUAAACCCCAGGACAACGUAGUCACAAGUCUUGCUGAGAAAGCAAUGUCUAUUGCUAGUCCGGUGGUACCUACAAAGGAUGGUGAAGUGGAUCAAGAAAGGCUGGUGGCAAUGCUGGCAGAGUUAGGACAGAAGGGUGGUGUUUUGAGGUUUAUUGGAAAAUUUGCAUUGCUUUGGGGUGGAUUACGUGGUGCUAUGAGUCUUACUGAUAAGCUCAUUUCAUUUCUGCGCGUUGCUGAACGUCCUUUUUUCCAGAGGAUUCUUGCAUUUAUCUGUAUGGUGCUUGUUUUAUGGUCACCUGUUGUCAUACCUUUGCUACCAACACUUGUUCAUAGCUGGACUACCCAAAAUCCAUCCAAAACUGCAGAACUGAUAUGCAUUUUUGGACUCUAUAUCUCCAUUGUCCUACUAGUUACUUUAUGGGGGAAAAGAAUCCGCGGGUACCAAAAUCCACUUGAACUAUAUGGGCUGGAUCUGACUUCACUGCUGAAGGUUCAAAAUUUUCUAAAGGGCUUGGUUGGCGGAAUUAUUCUUGUGAUACUAAUUUAUUCAGUAAACUCCCUUCUUGGAUGUGUCCAUUUCCAAAUGCCAAUCACUCUUUCCUCAUCACCUUCCGCUGCUCUAUCAUCGCUGAAAGUAUUCAGUCAGAUGGCUAUACUAGCUUUUCAAGGAGUAAUAACUGCAACAGGGGUUGCAAUUGUUGAGGAAUUACUUUUCAGAUCAUGGUUGUCUGAUGAAAUUGCUUCUGAACUCGGAUACAGUCGAGGAAUAAUCAUUUCAGGACUUGCAUUUUCUGUAUUCCAAAGGUCAGCAUGGGCAGUGCCUGGCCUAUGGAUGUUAUCACUAGCCCUUUCCGGGCUUCGGAAAAGAAAUCAAGGAAGCCUCUCUCUUACCAUAGGGGUACGCACAGGAAUAUUGGCUUGUAAUAAUUUCUUGAAGAUGGGAGGCUUUCUGGUUUCUGAAUCCAAGUUCCCACCAUGGUUUACUGGGGCUUACUCUUUUCAACCCUUUAGUGGGGCUACUGGUCUUGCCUUUGCUUUAUUGCUGGCACUCAUUGUCUAUUCCCAGGAGAUACAAAGAAAGUGUCUAGAGCCAUGAAGGAUUAAUCAUGUGGAUACUGACUUAAUCCCCGUUUGGUAUGAGAUAUUUGGAUGAAAUGGCUGAAUCUACUAUUGAAUUUUCUGAAAUGAAUAGGGUUAGAGACGUCGGGUCCAGCCAAAUAAGUAAGUCAAAGGUUACUUAUUCCGCUGCCAAUGAAUACUACAGGACGGGAACAGUAUUGGAAAUGGUAUCUGGACUACCAUUCGGUAUUGUUCUUAGUAGUCAAUCCAUCUAGAACUCACACAAGAGAGAACUUAUUUAUUUAAUAGUGAGAUGGACUACCUACUAAGAGUAGUAUAAAAUGGUGUUCCAACUAUAAUUGUCCUUGUUUAUAUGUGUGCGCAUGUGAGUGUAUGUCAAAGUGUGCAGACUCCAUUUGUACUUCGGAUGUGCAGCUGGAUUCCCGCUGCUACAGAAAAGACUGGGUAAAGUGAAUUCCAUUUAGCAUGUCAGUAUGAGAUGUUAAAUGAUGGGGCGAAAGGGUCAAAUUGGAAUUCAGCUGUAAAGUGGGGCUGCAAAAACUAAUCAUAUCAUAUAUGAUAGUAUAACAUUAGAAAUGUCAAGUCAAAUAGCAAAACACAAGCAAAAGGGCCAGUUUCUGAGAGAACUGUAUAGCUUUGUGGAAGUACUGUAUGCACUGUGUUGUAUAAGCUCAACAGCCUCAACUUAUGAAAUUUCACCCACUGAAUUAGUGUUGCUGCUGAUAGUCUACACAAUGGCUGUCUCAAUCUUAACCGGAUGUUGAGCUUCUAAAUUUGUGGAAUUCUUUCGACCUCAUCUCCACAAAUAUUUCAAUGACGAUGAGACCAAUUGCCUGCGGCGGCUUCGAUGAUGAUCACCACAAUAACUACAUUUGUGGUGGUCUUGAUUAUCCUGUGAUAUGUGACAUUCAUGUAAUUUCCAUGUUUAUAUUUGUGUUUUUAAUUAGUUUAGAUUGAUUGUUACUUUGGAAAUUACACACUUUUGGUGUAAUAGUUUAGUUUGUAAAAUAUUUGUAAUUUGUUUAGAUUAGGUUCAUUCUGAGCUCACACAGGUCCAAGAACACUUUAGGGACCAUUGGCGAACAUCACAAGUGGAAGGAAGGUGCAAAAAUCUCAAGACAAAAUAAAGAUUCUGAAUUUUUGUGUUGUACCCGGUCGAGUAUGCCCUAUACCCGAUCGGGUAAAUCGCUGAAAAAUCAAAUCGGAUCAACCCGGGAACAAGGCAACAUGUAGGGGAGAUUUUGACCACGAUCGAGUGUCUAUACCCGAUCGGGUAACCGACAGACCCGAUCGGGUAUGACCCCAUUUUCCAGCUUUGAGGAAGCCACAAUUUAUACCCGAUCGAGUGAGCAGAAAGCCCGAUCGGGUACACGACCCUGCAGGCCUAAAAAGCCUAUAAAUACACCUCAUUUCCUCCACAAUUGAUCACCAAUUCCUAUAUACUUCAAAGCUCAGUUUAGACAAGUUAUUUCUUUAUAUUUUCUUCAUGUUUAGUCUCCAAAUGAGGAGCUAAACUCUUCCAUCUUGGUUUUGCUACUUUGAAGCUUAAUGAAUUGUAAGUUGUGAGUUAUUUUCUUUAAUCUUCUUCCUUGAAUAUGAAUUCAUUCCUAUUCCUAUUUCAUAUUAAUAUUUUGAGCAUUACUUAAA